AUGACGACGGAGGACCUCGUGCUCACCGGGCUCGCGGUGGUGGGAUCGGUGGCGCUAGGCUUCGGCUACUGCCUGCGACUGUUCUUUCUCAUCUCGCGGGUGAGGAUCGACGGCAAGAAGGACGACGGCCCCGACGACGCGCUGCUCUACCACCGGCGGAAGCAGAUCGAGACGAUGACGCAGAUCAGCGGGCACAUCGCCCGCGGCGCCGACGCCUUUCUGAAGACGCAGUACAGGUACCUCAUCCCCUUCAUCGCCGCGGCCUCGCUGGUGAUCGCCGAGGUCGUGAGCUCCCGGGCGGCCGCCGCGAAUCUCGUCGGCUGCGCCACCUCGAUCCUCGCCGGCUACGUGGGCAUGAAGUCUCGUCGACGCCCGCCCGUCGACAGGACGACGCACGAGUGCUGGAGGAGAGGGCAGGCUGGUCCCAGCGGACGCGGCAGCGAGGAGGCCUACGACGUCGGGGAGGGCUACAAGGUGGCCAUGAGGGGCGGCUGGGUGGCGAGCCUGUCGCUGACGAGCUUCGGGGUCUCGAGCCUCUUCGCCCUGGCGGCCGCCUUCCACUUCUGCGAGGAGGCCGGUCGAGUGAAGGGUUGGGAGGGGUCUGGGCAGCACGGGUUCCCACCAGUGGCGCCGCCCCGCCCCAGCGCGCACCCCCCCCGUAGCCGCCCGCAGCCCGCCGGGCCGCCGGCCAUGGCCGCCGGCCAGGGCCGCGCGGGUUCGCCGCUGUGCGCGUGGGCCGCCCGCGGCGGAGGCAUCGCGGCCUGCGACGCCGCCUCCGAGGCCUCCACCGCCCCGGAGUCCGUGCGAAGGAGCUGCGCCUCCCUGGCGAGCUCCCGCAGCGCGUCUGCGCCGGGCAGCCCGUGCCCGGUGCCCGCCCCGGAUGCCGCAGAGAGGCGGCCCUCGCCGCGCUGCCCUUCGGAGCGUGCCGCCGAAGCUGGCGCCGCGCUGGGGGUGCGUAGCUCGGAGCUGCUGGCAAGGCGGCGGCAGAUGCAGCUGCAGCUGCUGCGGAGGGGUAGCCAGCACCUGAUGCCGGAGCUGAGGGUCGACACGAGCUGCCUGGGCGGCUCGAAGGCGCUCCGCGGCAGCGGCGACGGCAGGCGGGGGUGCCUGCCCUUCGUGCGGCACGUCGCGUCAGGCAUCUGGCAGAUGUUCGUGCAGCGAGGUGUUCAGGGCCUCUGGCGCCUGGUCGAGGAGGAAGAGGAGCAGGACGAUUGGUGA